UUCGUCCUGUUUCUAGAUAACGUUAGCUAACAUUGGCUAUCUGAAGUUUAAAUUGAGACUUUAAUGAAGAUAGGUGUUUCUGAUAUAACGCUGUCUGUGCCGUUUUAAAGGCCGGAUGAGCGAUUAUUUCCUUAGCUUUUACACACACAAGCCGUUAUUCUUGUACAGGAUAAAAUUCAGCAUAUCACCACCAAGUUGGCCAGUGCUUGAAUGGCCUCGGAUGUGAAAAUGGAGCUAAAUAUGCUCAACCUGGAGCAGGUUGUGGUGGGAGAAAGCGUCGUUGCCCCUGUGAAAGAGACAAAACCAGUCAUAAUCCAACAACCCUAUCAACAUGACAGCCUGCAGUGUUUUCAGUGUUUCAUCACUUUCUGCAACUCGAAGGCCAAGGAGAGACACAUGAGGAAGAGUCACAGAGAGGAGUACAAACAGCAGCUCCAGCAGACGGACACUCUCUUCACCUGCUAUGUGUGUGAUCGCACCUUCCCUUCCUCAGAGGAGCUGACCCAGCAUCAAGCCACACACAGCACAGAGGACAAGCCCUUUCGCUGUCCACACUGCCAGGGCAGCUUUGCCACCUUUUCAGAGCUUACAGAUCACCGCCGCAACCUGUGCGCCGAACGGCACUGCGUUUGUAAGGACUGCGGCAUGCUGUUCCGUGGACCAGCUAAACUACGCACGCAUCGCCUGACCCGACACCCGGCCCCGGACGCACCUCCACCUGACGACGGCUUCACCCACCGCUGCCCCAAGUGCCAGCAAGGCUUCGAGACCGAGACCGAGCUUUUGCAGCACCAGGAGCUACACGCAGGCGACGAGUACUGCAACGGCAAGCCCCCUGCGCGUAAGCGCGGCAGACCCGCAAAGGCGCAGACUGAUGGGGAGGUGGAGGUGCAGGUGGGAAAGGCACCAGUAUUCAAAAGAGAGAAUUCAGAAGAGGCACAGACAGCCAAACGUCGGGGGCGUCCUCCGAAGCAGCAGCAGCAGCCCAAGCAGGAGUUAAAUAUUCCGUGCCCUGUGGGAGAUUGCAAGGUGAAGUGCACCAGUCUGGUCCAGCUCCGCGUCCACAAGAAGGAAGCCCACCCGCCGCCGCCCCCGCCGCGGAAGGCCCAUGCCUGCGCCGAGUGCGAGGAGAGCUACGGCCGGGCGGAGCAGCUGCAAGCGCACAUGAGACGCGCCCAUGGGUCCGACCGGCACACCUGCCCCACCUGCGGCAAAAGCUUCGGCCGCGAGAGCAACCUGAAGGCUCAUCAGAAGAGCCACAGUGAGGGUGAAGGGGCAGAGGAAGACAAAGGGUAGAUGGCAAGACAGAAAUGGACACUGGUCUGGGUUUAUGGGUAUUACAGUAGAGGGAAAUGAGGCAGAAUGUCUGGAUGUAGGGAUCGAAUAGAAGGGGACUGAACUCAGACUGGAUGAAAUCAGAGAGUUGCCGUUAACCUGACGUGGAGCAGAAGUCUGAAUAGGUUCUAGAAGUCAUUUUAAACUUGUUUUAGUGAUGUUCAAUAAUUAUUGAGUUAUUGUAAAUAUAAGCAUCAUAUACAACAUUUGUACAUAAAAAUAUCAAUUGUUGUUGAAAUAAAACCACAGCCUUCAUUAUUUUGCUACUUUAUUUUGUAUAUACUAAGUCCAUUUUGCUGAUUUAGUGUGGUUUGGUAUGUUUCAAAUAUAGUUAUUAGAAGUUUGGUUUGCCUUUAAAUGGGAGUUGAACAGGAGAUUUUUUAUUUUUUUGGUGCUUCAGAUUAUGCAUGGGGUGGGUUCAGAGCUCAUCUGGGCGUCCCUUCAUAAUAGUAUGUCUAUGUAGAGGAAUUAACAUUUUCAAACUGAGAUCACUUUUAUAUAUUUUCUCUUUUUUUUUUACAUUUUGAAUGGAAAACAGGUGGUUUGGCUUUCAGAUAACAAAUUGUGUCAAAUUGUGCGGAUAAAUGUCCAUUUCUGUCCAGAAACUCAUGUUCUGAAAUUAAAAUUCGUAUUUCAACUUCA